UCGAAUCGACGCCGUUUUACUAGCCGCACUUUUUAUUUAUUUCUGGAUUCUUAAUUCUUAGUUCUAACAUAAAUAUAACAAUGUUAUGCCGGUAAACAGCUACACUUCGAUAAUAUUCAACUUACGAAAAAAAAUACAAGUGUUACAAUGACCACUGCUGUGACUCCUUAUUGGAAGAGGCUAUGGCGCUGGGUAUCAUCACAAAGCCUUCCUAAUGAGGAGUUAGCGGAUGUUUUAGACAAAAAUGUUGUGGAGGCGUUACGGCUAGGUCUCGCCAGCUAUAAACCUCAUAAACCAGAAUUGUAUGCACAGUUGCAAACGAAGUAUCCUGAUCAAGCAAAGCUGUUAAGCGUCGUGCAAACUUUACAGCAGUAUUUAGAUGUAGAUUGUUUUCAAAUAUGGGAAAUUAUGAAGCACUAUUUAUGUGAUAUAUCUUACGGCACACCUGCAAACGCUCUGAAAAAUGUUGCAUUUGUGGACACCAGACCAACAUUCCUUUUGCCAAAUGCUUGGAAUUUCUACUAUUCUGAAAGACUAUUUCUCUUACACCUAUUGCAGUAUAUCAUUCAAUUCAAGAAUGAUGAAAGUCAUAAAUAUUUUAAAGAGUUUACUAAAAUCAUAGAUAACAUUGGAAUACAGACCCUGAAAACAUCAUUAAUAGCCCAAUUUGAAAAGUUGAUAAUUGCAACACCCCCACCGAGAAAAAUUCAAAGUGACUUUGGGAUUGACUCAGUAAGGCAAGAAUGGGCCGAGUCUAAUUUAAAAGAGCAGUUGGCAAUUCUACAAAUACUUAUGUUGAUAGCCAAUGAGUAUACCUUCACUGAGUCUGAGUUCAGUGAUUUGUUUAAGUUAUUCAAAAAGCAUUAUUUUGGAAAGAAUCAGGGUUACAGUGACUUUUUAGAGGAGCAACACAGAGAAGCAUGUGUAAGAAUCAUGUAUAUGGAAGUUGGCCUGUUUACAGUAAUUUUAGAAAGUGUUAAAAUCAAAAAUGUCUCAGCCUGGAUUGAAAAAACGAAAGAAAUAGUGGAGACUGAACUAACCAAGUUAGAACCUCACGCAGAACACAGCCUUAUGCUUAUUGUAUGGAUGAUGUUAACUUUGCAGAGUGAAUCACACGUAAGACUUUUUGAGAGCCAGUACCAGCAAUAUGGGGCAACUGCUUUGCGCAUGAAAGUUUUUAUGUUUAUAGAGCAAAUGCUGAAUAGCUCAGUAUAUUCAGAUGAUUCAAAAUGUGCACUCAUAAUGCGCCUAAGGGUGUUCCGACUUUUGAAUGAACUGUGUGACAGAUUCGAUGGAGACGGCACCAUGAGCCAUCAGGCAGGCAUCAUGACAUUGUGUGCUGAUCUCCUCAAAACACCUGCUAUAGCCAAGCAGUUCUGGUCCCUUCAUCAAAGGGAGGAGCAAUUUGGUGUAGUGUCUCUUUGGCACACAGCUUUGGAGUACUUUCCUUACAAUUUUAGUUCUCUGUCAAUCUUGUCCGCGGGAUUGGCUAAAGCUGGGAAAGACAGUGUGAGAAACCUAGUCGCAGAACUGAAGAAUCUGCCAGUCUACACAGAAAUAUACAAUCCCAACUCAGUAGCUCUGAUGGCAAUACAAUCAGACACUGCAGUCAUAGGUCGCGAAUACUAUCCGCUAGGCGACCAAUCAUACCGAAUCGAAGCAGGCUCCAAUGCAACCAUAAUGGAAAGAAGAGAAGGAACAAUGAUACAUUACCGUACACCAUAUUCUUAUUGGACUAUAUUUAAUAAUGAGGUUGAAAAAGCCUUAGACCGCAAGCGAAACUAUCAAAACGUUAACAUGACUUUAGAGAAGGUCUAUGAAGGAACUAAGAUUUUAAAGGGUGUAUUAAAAGGAUUAGUAGAGGACAAGGAGAUACCUAAAACUUUUGUGGCACCGAGUGAGGGGGUGUUCGAUAUUUUGGUGAGGUUUAUGAGAUCGGACGCAGCGCCCUUGCAGUUGCUGGUCGAAUGUCUCAAUGUAUGCACGACAAUAGUACCUGUUUUUCCUAAAGAGGUACAUUUAAGGUUAAUAAACACAGGUCUUCUCCCGCGUUUAGUAAACCACCAACUGACGCACGUGGAAUAUGCAAAUGGGGUGUCCUUGGACUCCGCGGUUGUGGGCUCAUAUUUGGUCACCAUCGAACAGCCUAAUGGAUCUUAUGAGUUUUUGGGCGCCUAUAUUGAUAUGCUGUCUGCUUUUCAUACGGCAUGUGAUGACGAUCGUAUAAUAACAGAGAUCAUACUUCCCGGUCUAGUUCUAAUUGUGCAUGAAGUGUUCCCAAAUGUAUGCGGUUGGCGUUACAGCAACACUAAUGAAAGGAGGCAAUUGAUACAGCGAUGUGCGAGAUUCCUAACUCUUGUGCUGGAGCAGACAGGGACUAAGCCCAAUCUUUUGCUCUUAAAGAAGACGUGUGUAUACAGCCUUAUGCAUACAGAGAAUGCUUUGGAAUUAAUGAAGAUUAUUUCUUUUGGUAACGACCGUCUAGAAAGACUAAUUCAAGACGACACCAACUGGGUGUCAGGACCCUGUUAUCAAUACACGUUCACGCUACAGCGAUGCCUUGCAAUGGUGAUGUUCGCACUUAGACAGAAAUCGCUCAUCGGUGAAAACACCGACGUGUCGCCGUUAGAGCAACUCAUAUUCGCGCAAAGCAAGCAGAAGGAUGAACUGAAAGUGGUGCCCAAAGUUACGAGUUAUAUCAACCAUGCGUUUAAUAAGAGUAUUUCUGUGCUUAGCUGUCGACUCUUGAAAAGGUUUGCGGAUGGUUUUCAAAUGUCUCUGUUCGCGUCAUUAGACAUGACAGCGUAUCAGGUGCGGGUCAUGUUCCUAGACCGGUUGCGAGAUCAACACGAAACUAUUGAGCUAAAGAUCGCGAUACUAGAGUUCGUCACCACUUGUAUCGGCAAACAACCCGGUCUCACUGAGGCGUUCUUUAUGAUGAACCACGAAAAAGUGAAGGAGGAAGAAAAGAGUAAAGAAAACGGCGAAGUUGUGAAGAAAGAAAAAGUGGAACCCGAUGAUAGUUUUGAGGGUAUUUUGGGAUAUAUGGCCGACUAUCUCGGGACAGUGAAAUCUGAUGCAAAACUACUCCACAGUCCUUUACUAGCAUGUAUCAUGGCCCUAUUCCACGCAUUAUGGAAAAACAACAUGCAAAUCCUCGUCAAAAAGUUACGAGAGCAUCCCAAAUUCUGGGAGCACAUGACCAGCCCCCUGUUCAGUCAAAUUCAACCCAAACUGAGAACUUACAGCCAAAUAUUCAACAUCCUCGGUAUCGAAUUGUUUGUAUCGAGAGGAAAGUUGGAACCAAAUUUUCAGGAGAUGUUAGAACUAUUUUUCGAUACAAACAAAAAGCACCUGGACACGUGGAUAAACUACAUAUUCUCUUUUAAAGACAGAAACGACGAGGAGGAGCUAGUUGAUAAAGUUCCGGUGUGGUUAGGCUUGCUUACUUCUUGGAAAGAUUUUGUAACAAUCUUUUGUAAAUUUCUACCCAUUAACCUGAACAUUGCGCACAAAGCUAAGCUUGUAGCGCCAUGCAUGAAUGCGUUACUAAAUGAGCUGGAUGAUUUAAAGGAUGGAAGACUCGUUGCAAUUUUAGCCGAACUUUAUGUCAUUAUGUUAGCGAAUUGGAAGGACGAUUGCUUCGAUAACCGCAAAGAAAGCGCCAAACAAGUCGACACUUUACUAACCAAUACAGCUAUCGUUUACGAAUGCUUAUACCCAAGAGCGAUACGGGCAAUUCUUUCCAUUGGCACGGUCGCAAUCAGCACUUUGGAUUAUGAAAUAAAAGCGAACAGUGUCACAGCUCAAAGUAUAAUACGCUCUGUGACUAAUAUCAACAGUUUGGAGCUUGAGAAACUGUUGGACGAAAUCAGGGACGAGAAGAAAUCUAGUAAAAAAACUGAUGAUCGUGGGGAUAUACCUCCGAUAGUGUUAUCGCUAGCGAUGCUCGAACAGUGUUUGGAGUUAUACGAUGAUCUCUUUUCGGGGCUUUCACAGUGGUUCCAGUCUACGAAAUUCAUAAACAAAAUCUUGUGUUGCCUUCAAGCUAGCUUGCAGAAUCGACAACACUACGACACGUCGUUAGCAGCUUUGCGGUGUUUAACGGCAUAUGCAAGAGGACCUUUUUCUAAAGACUUGCUAAUGAGUGACGUGGACCAAUUUCUUUGGCUGCAACUACUGCCACCGAAGUUUGAGAUCAAUUCCAAUGGGAGUGCCAAAAAUCCGUUGGCAUGGAAACCUCAGGAAUGGUGGCGCGUUUACGCGUUUAGUUUGGACUUUAUUUCAAUGAUGGUAAUGAAACAUGGGCAGUUCUUCGUCGGCGAUGCGAUCACGUUUGUUGGGGUUCAUUUAGAGCAUUUGAUAGAAGCAGUGUUGUUACCGCGUCAAGUGUAUAGCAUUGACGCGUUGAAUCUCUGCGCUUCGACUUUGAACCUUGUAGUUCAGCUGGUAAAGUUCGAAUCGCGCUGGCGGAUGGAAAAUAUAAAUUCUCUCGUUGGGAUAAUGCGUAGCACGAGUGCUUGCCUGCACCAGUGUGUGAUGCUAAUACUGCGCGCACGCCGCUCGCCCGACCUCACGCCGCAAGCUGAUGAUAUGGCGCUGGGCCCGGCGCCCACGCAACCGGCGAUUCUGCACAGAAUUCUGGAAAUCCUGCACAUGGCAACACUCUGCCUCCUCUCGUUCAGCCCAGACCUGCUGUCGUUACUAGCAGACCCUGGCUUAGACUUGGAACGAUGGCAGCCAGUCGUGGAACUAACCUUUGGCGCGCCCAAGAUUACUUACGAACAAUUUCCACAGCUGACGUUCGGAACUAUUCUUUCCGCGAUUUGUUUGUUGACAAAGUCGUUGAAUCAUGCAUAUCAUUCAGAAGAAGGCAGUGGUGGCGGCGGUCGCUCGCCGCGCGGUCGGCGUCGAGCAUGCUCGUGCGGGAGCCCGGGCGGCCCGGUGGAAGCUCGACGCGCGGCUCGCAGCGAGUCCGCUGGCAGCAUAUCUUCCGCUGCUAGCGCCCUACCCGUGCCCAAUGAGCGACUAGUAGCCGGCGCGCUUGAGGCUACCAUCACGCUGCUAGCCUCACAGGCUCUGCUGGCUGUCCGCGACCCGAACGUCUCGACGCGACACAAACAGCUCGUCCGCCGCGAACUGGCGUCCGAACUAACCGUGUACCACGACUUCGUGCGCAAACGCAUCCUCUGCGCCGCGCACUCACGCCCGCACCUCAUCCGCAACAAACUCGGCGCCUGGCCGUUGCCGCCCAACGAAGAAGAAGCCAAGAGAAUAGAGAUGGCAAGAAAAGAAAAGAACCCGUACAUCUUAGAAGAUGACGACAAAGCUUUACCACCUCCACCACCCCCUAAAAGGUUAUCACACGAUUCGAUGCGUGAAUUCGUUCUCCGCAAACAUUAUUUGGAUAAAUGCGCGCAAACACCUACAAAAGACCCACCCUCCCCCGUAUCCCACUCCACCCCAACGUCCGACAAAAAGAAAGAAACUUCCAGAAGCUCAAAACGAGUCUCUUGGGCAGAAACAACUCGGGACAGCGAUGAAGUUCUCGAUAGUUCCUUUCAAGAAAUAGAACCGGUGUACUCCAAUUUAACUGAUGUCCAAAUCAAUAAUGAUGAGGAUUACUUUCAUUUUAUGUCUAUUGUAUUUCUUUACAUAUGCCAAACAGAAUUGUGAUUUUUAUUUUUUGUAAUCAUUAAUUAUUUUAUUAUUGUACGAAUUGAAUAAAUAAUUUUUUUAA